UUAGCUACAAUGCCGGCAAUAAUUUUAAAUCAUGCCAAAUUAAUUUUAUAUAACUAUUUCUUAAAUGGUUUAAAUGACUUCAUCAGAAAGAAAUUCCAUUGGACUUUAAAAGAUAACACAUUUCAAAUUAAACAAUAGCCAUACGAUAAUAUGUGGCAAAAUUUUCUUACAUUUAACAGUAAUAAUAUACAAAAGUUGUUAUCUAAUCAAAUAUGAAAAACACCCGAUACCUUCUGUCGCAGUAUUAUAAAGCCACUUACAACCUACCAUGAUGGUGUCGACAAAUAUUGACCAGAAAAGGGAUCCAUCUAGCAAUGUAACUAAUGGAGAUACCAAGCCAACUUAUGCUUUGGAACACUUGGCCACGUUUAAAGUUCAACACGAAUCUGACGUACGAAAACCAAAGGAAAAGCUAAAUGUACUAAAGGAUUUGGACAUAUCAGGAGCAAUUUGGCCACAAAAAAUGUAUAUGUCCUUUAGUGGGCAAUGGUUGGUGAUUUUGGAUAGCGAAAUGAAAGAAAUAGAAAAUUUCCCCGGUUCUCUAAUAAAGGAACCGAUGGCAUUUAUCAGCGAGGAUCCUUUGGAGAUCUUCAAUAAUAUUCUAGUUUUCACGGUACCAGGCGUAUCAUUGGGAACAACAGAAAUGCACUUUUUCCAGGCAACGAAUGUAUCUGCUAUACAUAUGGUUGAAGAUUUAAAACAAUUGAGUUCCGGUAAAGUAGUGACAAUUGAUCGAAACUUAACACCCAUCCAAGUACCGAAGCCGGAAAAAACUCCUCAGAAUGCUCGCGAUCAGUAUGGGAUUGCAAUAGCUGCCGCCGAAGUAGCUGCCGAGAAAAAUGCUCUUGACGCCGAGCAAAAUUUGCGCGACACCCAAGUAUUAAAUCAUUGUUUUGAAGAUAUCGAACGCUUUGUUGCACGUCUAAAAUAUGCUGCAGAGGCUCUACUAGAAUUAGAAUUACGACAUGAAGAGCACAACCCUCAUGGUGAGGGGCUGUUGAUAUUACGGUCGCGGCCUCCAAUUGAAAGCGAGUUUCUUGAUAUCAUUGCUAAACUAAAAUUGGCUCUAAAUUUUGUAGUAAAGCUCAAUAAUCAUUUUUCCAAUGGAACGGAACCUAUUUCUGACCUCUUCAUCUCGUUGCACACGAUUGUCAAUGUUUGUAAUGAUGUACAUGUCGGUGCUAAAAUACCAGAAAAUGUGGUUAACCCACUACUACGUCGUGAAACUAUACAAUUUUUAUCUAAUUGUUUGAAUGUUGCUGAUAUUGAUUUUUGGAGGUCCCUGGGAAAGAAUUGGACUAUGGCGAAGGAGCACUUUAAAGAUCAUAGAGGAUCAUAUCAUCCGAUUUUUUAUGAUGACUGGUCUCCUGACUGGGUGGUUGACGACGAGGUUUCCUAUAUACCACUUCCUAAACCGGAUUCACCAAUAACACCACGAAUUUUAGCAAGCAAUGCCGUUUGGUUGUCCCGCUUACAAUCAAGGAAUGUAAAAAUAGCCGAAGUUGUUUAUAAUAACAAAGCAAAUAAUGAUAGAGAACUUAACGUGGUUAAGGGAGAAUAUCUUGAGGUUAUCAAUGAUUCCCGCAACUGGUGGAAAGUCAGGAAUUCUGCGGGAAAUGUCGGUUAUGUUCCCCACACUGUUCUUAAGGCGCAUAAUUUUGAAGUGCAGCCCAACUAUUCCACGAAAGAUACAGAUUCCGUCACAUCAUCUAUUUUGGACCAUGAAACAGCCAAUUUAAAUCAAAACAACAACCAGUUUGUAGAUGCAACAGAACGUGAAACAGUUCAAUCAAAAAAUGCAGGGAAGUCAAUGCCACGAUCUUACAGCAUGCCGAACGUGCCCGUACCUCCGCCUAUGCCUCCCACCGAGGACAGUGAACCCCCAACACCAAGUGGUACUCUAAAACGGAAUACGGCUUCAGCUGGCAGUCUAGCAGCAAUGCGUGCUCGCGAAGAAAAUGAGACAAAUGAUGAAUUAUUAAUGUUACAAGGCACAAUAAAUGAGGAAUUGAAAGCAACUCUAUAUCAACGGGAACGACGCAGAGAUCUAGAAAUAUUAACAACUCCAAAUGUUCACAUCAAUCAGUAUUCAUCACCUCAAGAAGUGAAGGAGUGGUUGCAUGCAAAAGGGUUUCCUGCCGUUAUAAUAAACAAGCUCUGCAAACUAAAUGGAGAGGAACUGUUUGCGCUUUCGCCGCAUGUUAUCGAAGGUUAUUUUGGGCAGAAGGAGAGUCGACGCUUAAUUUCGCAGAUAGUCCUACAGAAGAAUAUAUGCGAAUACAAAACGAUUCGUUCUUCAGAAUUAUCUGCCAAACUUGCAAAAGCACGCCAAAAAGCGGACCAGCAAGACAACGAUCUUAAUGAAAUAUUUUAGAUAGAAGUAUAAAGCUUUGUGGGCUACUCGUUCGACAUCCACGUAUUUUAUGUUAUACUUAUAAGUAUACGUUUGUCUUUAUGUAUUGUAUGUACAUAUAUUUUUCCGCUACAUCUUUCAAUCUACAAUCAUGAACUCUAUUUAACUUGCUUUAUCUUUAAAAACGUGCUUACUUGACAAUUACAUUUGUUUAAUAUUGCUUCAAUAAAUAAUACAAGCCAUAAGAAAUAAAUUGCAUAUUCAGCAUAAUCUUCGAUUUGACAAUGAAGGCACACAAUGCGCUCCAGUAGAAUUUUGACUAUGUGGUCUCAAGUCACAAAUCCACGAUUAAGCGAUCACUAUUAAAUAAUUGAAAUAAAAUUAAGCAGUUAUCAAUAUAUAAUAUAAUACUUUAUAAUAUCCUAAUUUAAUGUUAAUGGGGAUCAAAAUUGCUCUAAACUAUUCUCUCUUUUUACAUAAUUAUUACGAUUAGGUACCACAUUCAAAAUGCAUCUCUGUGCACAACGUUUGCUUAUAUCCCAUUUUCUUUUCGUUGCAGGAAAAUUGCUUUGUAGUUAAAUUGUAAUGAUGAAACCGUGAAUCAAAAAAAGAAAAUUAAAAAACCACUGAAGAAGUGGUCAUAUGAAGAGUAGGACAUUAUUUUGUUAUCCAUAAUAUGCUGUAUAAACCCUUUUUGGGUGUUUGGCCGAGUACCUCUUCCUAUUUGUGGUGUGCGUCUAGAUGUUGUUUCACAAAUGGAGGGAACAACAGUUGAAAGCCGACUCUGAACAGCAGAUAUUUUUUACGACGCACUAUACCAUUCGGCAUACUCUUUUAAUAUUAACUUUUUACAUUUGUCAAAAUCAGCUACUUCGUUAGCUCUUUUGCAAAGCUGCAACACGAUUAUGUACACCGUGCGUUCAUGAACUGUUCAGCCAUUCUACUGCUAAGCAAAUUUGGCAGAUUAGUUGCCCUUAUUUAUGAAUACCACUAUUAGCAGAGAAUGUUUUUUUUAUUUUAAUUUUGUUUUUUAAUGAAAUCGAAAUAAUUUUGCGUAAUAAAUUGUACGUAUGUAUGUAUAUGUUUACCGUUUCAAAAAUAAGAAAAUGGUAAACAAUUAAUUAUCUUUUCAAGCGGAAGAGUAUUAGUUUUACGGGGAUACUAAAUUCAGAUAUUGCGACUUCUAAAAGCUGUCUUUUUUAUGCUAUCGCAAGGAGCUUUAAAAUUAGUUCUACUUUCAUGAAAUGGUUUUCCCAAUGUUUUACGAAUUUUCUAAUUUAAAUCAUAUAUUUUUUUUUUCUUUCUCUAAUAUUUUAAACGUACUAGGAAAAC